AUGAAGACAUCCGCUACCCUCGUCCUCGCCGCUUCGGCGCUGGCCUCAACCCAAGUCACAUACAACGCAACAACAGGCCAAUACAUCUGCUCCCGCCCCAACUCAGCCUUCUGCGCAGGCGACUCCUUUGGCACAGACAUUAUCAUCCGCUGCGACGCAAACGGCCGCGGCCAACCGGGCCGCUGCACAGACAACCUCGCCGGCCAGUUCCCCCUCGGCGUCAACCCUUCCCUGUGCUGGAUGUCCCAGCCCUACUCGGGCGACGCCGCCUGCGAGAAGAACUGCGUCGUCUACGCCUCGCCCAGCCCGUUUCAGCUCCCGCCCAGCGUCUGCACCCCCUAUGCCUCCGGCACCGGCACCGGCACCGGAUAUGUCCCGAGACCCACGUACCCCAUCGGGCCCCCGCCCCGACAUACCAACGGCACGAGCACCUUCGGCCCAUCGUCUUCGGCGGUCAGACCCACUGGAACCGGUGGCAGUGGUCCCGCUCCAUCGGGCAACGGUACUGCUCCGACCAGCCGCAGCGGUGGUGGUGGUGGCAGCCGCCCCGGUAGCCCUACCACCACCCCUGGCAGCAGCCCCUCGGGCACACGGACCCCGAUCCCGCCCUCGGGCACCAUCACGAACCCUUCGUCCGUGCCCACCGGCGCCGCCGCCGUACAGAACUCCGUCGGCUCCCUCGUUGUUGCUGGCAUCAUCGCCGCCUACUUUAUCUAG